GAAACAUGCAUCCUUUAUAACCUUACAUUCUUACAUUUGCUUACAUUUUAACCACAGAUAUAGAACAAAUAAAUAUAAGAAAAAUGAGACGUUUAUCAGAAGAAAGAACAAAAAUAUUGUUCGAAAAAUUAGCUAAGUUCAUUGGGCCAAAUAUUAAGCUGUUAAUAGAACGUCCAGAUGGUUUAUACUGCUUUAGGGAACAAAAAGAUAGAGUGUAUUAUGUAUCCGAGAAGAUUUUGAAGCUAGCUAAUUCCAUUCCACCUGACAAUUUAAUUUCUCUAGGAACAUGCUUUGGAAAAUUCACAAAAUCUAAUAAAUUUAGGUUACAUGUCACAGCUCUGAAUUAUUUAGCACCAUAUGCCCAAAGUAAAAUUUGGUUAAAAUCUUCAGCAGAGCAGCAGUUUUUGUAUGGAAAUCAUGUAGCCAAAUCAGGAUUAGGCAGAAUUAGUGAAAACACAGAAAAAUACCAAGGAGUUGUUGUUUAUAGUAUGUCAGACUUACCUCUAGGAUUUGGGGCUGCAGCCAGAUCAACUACAGAAUGCAAACAUGCGAACCUUUAACCACUGUUUGUUUUCAUCAGGCUGAUAUUGGAGAGUAUAUUAGAUCCGAAGAAGAUCUAUUGUAAAUACCAAUUGAUAGUUUAGGUUUUAUUUUUAAUAAUUUUUUUGUAAUAUAUAAAACACUU